CUCGCACGAUGCCGCCCACUGCUUCCUCUAUUAUCUCCGAUGCACUUAAUUCCUUGUCGAAGGCUGCCAACCUUGCACUCGCAACCGUAGAGGAACAAGCUCGGUCGGAUGUGACGCGUGCCAAUGCAGAGGCCGUCGAAGCACGUCGGGAACGAGACGAUGCGGUGAAGGUCCUUCACAUUCUCAAACAGGAACGAAGGGAAUGGGAACGACGCGCGGAGGCAUUGCAGGCUGCAAUAGACAAAGCCGAGUUAACAAUCAAGCACCAGGCGGAAAGCACCAAGCAGCAGACAGAGAGCAUCCAACACCUGCGAGCAGAAGCACAUCAAUGGAAGACCCAAUUCAUCAAGCUUGAAGAGUCCUCUCGCCUCGAGAUAGCUGAUUGGAAAGAGCAGUGUUUACGGGCCGAACAAGACCGUUGUCGUCUGUCCUCGCGCAUAGAUGAACUAGUUGCAGAGCAACUCGCGUGGAAUACGCAGGCAAACGUUGCUAGAGCUCUCACAACGCCACUGACACCUUACCCGGAGUAUGACGAUCAUUCAUCAGUAUCAUCUAUCUCGACGAAACGUGCCUCUGCGUCAUCCCACCCAUACGGCGCAUCUCAGCGCAAGCACACCACACCUCGUAUCCGCGCGUCUGAAAUCGAGGAGCUCCGUCCUGUACGGGACUCCAGAGGUUCUCUCGCGUCAAAGCAUUCUCAACAACGCAUCUCCGAACAAAGUCCUUCCCGCUCGACCAUAGUCCACAACACGUCCCGCACACGCACCUCUGUCGCAUCACCCACCGAGGCGCCUCAGCAGCGGGUCAUCCGCCGUGUGCACGCAGUAAUCACCGUCCCAGUAAAAGAGGAGGAUGACUCGGAGGCUAAUGCGGAGAUUCUCGAGUCCGACGCCUCAGGCUCAGCAUACGAGCCCGAGGAGGAGCAGCCCGUAAAGAGGAGGCAGCAUGAGCGGGUGUCUGAUGUAGGGCGUCCACGCCAGAGACAGCGAUAUGUGGAGCCGGACGAGGACGAAGAUGAAGAGCAGGAUGACGGGAGCCACAGGCGACAUAAUAGGUUCAUGCACGAGCAGACGGACGAUGAUGUAGACGAGCUGGCUAUGACGGCUGAGGAUUCACAAAUUUACGCCGCAACUAUUCAUACGAGCAGCCCUCAGAAGAGUCCACAAAAGGCUCGACGGCCUACUGCACCUCGUCCUUCUGGAGCGAAGUCAGCCAAGAAGCGGAAGCUGGACACUGGCACGGCAGCGACUGCGAAGGGUUCUCGGAGGAGAUGAACACCUCCUGGAGAAAUUCUCCCCAUCACGACGUCUCUUUCCGACGUGGGUCUCGCCUCUUUCUGCACACACACACAUGUUAAUCGUUGGUCAAGAGAGAUACUGAAUAUUGUACAAGUAACAAUACAAUCGAUGAUAACCGUGCGAUACUAUACUAUAAAUUAUAAUCAUGGUCCC